AUGGUGAAUCAGAAAGAACCGGACGAAGUUCUGCGAAAGGUGUGUGAACUAGUGCAGAAAAAAACGGACGAAGCCCUACCCGUUCUGAGAAAGCCGGAAGAGUGCCCCCCUGGCUCCAAACCCCACACUGGGGCUUCAGAGACAAGCUUGCAUUUGACAUCUGGGGAACGGCUUCGAUCGGCCAAACCCUUGAAAUCUAGUCUACGCAUACCUUCUGGUAGACCCUACCAGCAGCAUCUCCUUGGCACAUCGCUUCCUCAUCUGGAGAAAAAGCCACCGGUUCAAAACCCUGUGAAGACCAGCAGCCAUAAGGACAUCCUGCCCCGUAUUCCUCCAGUUAUCCACAACGCUCCUCCUGUGAUCCCGCCACUCAGCGCUGACGAUAGGCCUCGGACCUCGAAAUUCAGGUCCACAGUUGAGAACCUGCCGGAAUGCGUCAACAACAGGAUGAGUGCGGGACCCUACAUUGGAGCAAAGUCACUGCCCCUAACACCAAAAGAGGCACUGAAAAUGUUCAGGGAUAACCUGACAGAGUUUGAGCGGGAAGAAAUCACCAACUUCCCGGAAAUAUACUACCUUGGUCUCGAUGCCCAGAAGAUCAAGGCAGUUGAAGGGACUGCCCAAAAUAAUGGCUUUGAUGAUGAGAAUGGCGCGUACAUCAAGGUUUUGCAUGAUCACCUUUAUUACCGCUAUGAAGUUCUGGAGGUAAUUGGAAAGGGAUCAUUUGGACAAGUCCUGAAAUGUAUGGAUCAUAAGAACAAAGAACUGGUCGCUCUUAAGAUUCUUCGCAACAAAAGAAGAUUCAAGCACCAAACCCUGGUAGAAGUCAAGAUCUUGGACCUGUUGGGCAAGAAAGAUCAGAACAACUCCUUUAACAUUAUUCACAUGAAGGAGCACUUUAUGUUUCGUGAUCAUUUAUGCAUCACCUUUGAGCUUCAGGGGGAUAACCUUUAUGAGACCAUAAAGAAGAACCGCUAUCAGGGCUUCAGUCAAGCCAAAGUGCGUCGCUUGACUCAUUCCAUCCUUCAGUGCCUGCAGGUGCUUCAUAAUGAGAGGAUAAUCCACUGCGACCUAAAGCCGGAGAACAUUGUCACCCAGAACGACUCGGAGAACAUCAAAGUGAUCGAUUUUGGAUCUAGUUGCUUCGAUCAUGAGAGAGUGUACUCUUACAUCCAGAGCCGCUUCUACCGUUCCCCUGAGAUCAUCCUGGGUUGCGGCUAUGGCUUGGAAAUUGAUAUGUGGAGCCUUGGCUGCAUCGUUGCGGAGCUGUACACCGGCGUGCCCCUCUUUCCUGGCGAGAAUGAGCGGGACCAGCUUGCCCUCAUUAUGGAGGUGCUGGGGGUGCCUCCGGAGGAGGUGCUUCAGACUGCACCAAGGAGGAAAAGGUUUUUCGAGCUUAAUGGUAAACCAAGGCCCUACACCAGUAGCAAGGGCAAGACCAGAAAAACUGGCUCUAAAGAUCUGGCCAGUGUUCUGAAGACUUCGGACCCGCUCUUUUUGGAUUUCAUCAAGGGCUGCCUUGCCUGGGAUCCAAGGAAGCGGAUGACUCCGGAUGAGGCCCUGCAGCAUGGCUGGUUCACGGAGGCCCAAAACAGGUGCCGUACAAGAAUCCGGACAUCCAGGAAGACGGUUGUGGUCAACACCCCUCCCCCGUCAGCGCCCAAUAUGAUUCCCAGUCCUCCUAAAGGCACUGAGAGGCAGGCCCCACUGCUUGCCGUCUACAAGGUGACGAUGUACCCCAAGGAGGCGAUUGGGACUUCCUCCAGGCAGGGGAUCACAAAGGCCUUGAGAUCAAUCACACCAGCGGCUGAGAAGAACCUCAUGCAGGCGCCUGAGAAGUCCAUCUCUGGCAAGACCUACAAGCGGGGCUCUUUGAAGACCAAAAGGCAGAGCCCCGGGAGGGACAAGCUGGCUUCUCCAGACCGCCACUCUACAUCCAGGUCAAGGAUCAAGGUCCCCAGCAGUGGUGGCAGCAGGUGUGAGGUGGCCAAACCAAAGUCGGCCAAAGUUAUCAUCCCCACACCCCCCAUGGAUAACAGACCUGGAUCUUUACCAAGUCUGGCCCCGCCUCAACUGAGAGGCAACAACUAGGGCUCUGUUUUGAGGGUGGUAAGGUGGUAUUGAUUUGCCCAUCCUUCUCGUGUGUAUCCAUUCUUGAUGCAAAGGGCCUGGAUCCACCCAAUUUUCAGGAAUAUUUGGACACACGGGAGAUAUUGACAACUUAACACCUAAGUUACCCCCCCGCCCUCAAACUGAAGCCCUCCAUUAGGCCUACUGGCGAUAGGGUCAAGGAUGAUGCUUGAUUCGUGUGUGUGUGUGUGUGUGUUAAGGAUAUCACAAUGCUAUCACACAGCUGAUGUUUGUUAAGAAAUGAAUGGAUAAAUAAUUCAGCCAAACCUUCACACCAUGCUAAAGCGGAAUAUUAACAUUGAGUGUGUAUCACUGAAAGUGAUCUACGCACCUCUGUAA